AUGCCCCGCCUCACCACAGAAGGAACGUACACCGAUUCCCCCCCGCCAGGCCGCAGCGCCUCGUACGACGGAGACGAGGACGAUGACCUCUUGGAUCGUGGGCGGGCCAAAGCCCAUCGCUUCCUGCACGGCUUCAUCGACUUUGCCUUCCAGGGAAACGUGCUCGAGAUCGCGUUCGGUCUGAUCAUCGCGUCCAUGUUCACCGCCCUUGUGACCUCGCUCGUGACGGAUAUUUUGCUGCCGCCAAUUUCGGUGUUGUUGCCGCUGAACAAGAACCUGGAGGAGAAAUUUGCCGUGUUGAAAGGGGGGUCGAAUUAUAAGGGGGAGGGGGGGUAUAAUACUUUGAAGCAGGCGCAGGCGGACGGGGCGGUGGUGAUGGCUUAUGGCUUUUUCUUGAACAGGUUGAUUAAUUUUAUUGGUGUGGGGAUGAGCUUGUAUGGGAUGGCGGCGACAUAUCAGUUUUUUUCGAAGGAUCCGAUCAUCAAACGUACUGUUAAGUGCAGGUAUUGUCGGAAGAAUAUUAAUGAGAAGGCUGCAAGGUGUAUCAACUGUACUAGUUGGCAGGACGGGAGGGAGGACCGGUUGUUUUAG